GGUCAUUGUUGUCACGUGACCCAAACGAGAGUUUAAUUUGUAAAGUGAAAAUAGCACUGUCAUACAGCAGACAACUGGAAAAUGACAUCUGUACUCAGUCAUAUAAAUCAGGAGGAGUCACAUUAUGCUCCUAAACAGGCAUACUUUAAUCCCUAUGAACAGAAUGGAGGGACAGUAUUAGCAGUUGCUGGUGAAGAUUUUUCAGUAAUAGCAUCAGAUACAAGGUUGAGUCAAGGAUUUUCUAUACACACAAGGGAUCUACCAAAGACCUAUAAACUGACAUCUUCAACAGUUCUUGGGGCAUGUGGUUUCCAUGGAGAUGUACUGACACUUACUAAGAUUUUACAAGCAAGACUUAAAAUGUAUGAACAUGAACACAAUGAAAAAAUGUCAACAACAGCUGUAGCUGCCAUGUUGUCUACUAUGCUUUACUCUAGAAGAUUUUUCCCAUUUUAUGUCUAUAACAUUGUAGCAGGACUAGAUGAUGAAGGUAAAGGAUGUGUAUUCAGUUUUGAUCCUGUAGGAUCUUAUGAAAGGGAAACCUACAGAGCAGGAGGAUCAGCAAGUGCUAUGUUACAACCUUUACUAGAUAACCAGAUUGGUUUUAAGAAUCAACAGGGAGUAACCAAAACACCUCUGUCACAAGAGAAAGCUGUCAAACUAGUUAAAGAUGUGUUUAUAUCAGCUGCAGAAAGAGACAUAUACACUGGUGAUGCUAUUGUUUUAAACCUAAUUACAAAAGAUGGAGUUAAAGUGGAAACUUUCCCUCUGCGUAGGGAUUAACUUCUAGUAUCUCAUUGACUUAGUGCUUUGUUUGUAAAAUCUCCAUUAUAUUACACUGUGACAAGUUCAUAAUUAAAUAUCAUAAAACAUG